GGGAGCAGCAACACCAGCAGAAGCAGAAAACGUGUUGCCGGCCAACACAGACACCAAAUCUAACACAACUUCGAAACAAAACGAAACGCAGUCGAGUAUUUCGAGUGCUCGACGAAUAUCGUACACAAGAUUAUUGUGCGUGAACACACGAAGAAGAAACUCAGGCGCGCAAACUGUGCCGCUUGAAAUUCCCUUUCCGAUGGGACGCGCGUUUUUUGUGUUUACAUAUGGUGUUACAUUGCUCAGUGGUGUAUUUCAGUGACACGCAUCACUUUCUUAUUGGAUAUAUUAACAACUUUCAUACGCAUCUAAAAAACAAGGAUUAAAACAUCAUGGAUCUAGGUGACAGAGUUUACGCUGCGGAACGGAUUACGAAGAAGAGGGAAAAGCGGGGUAAAGUAGAAUAUUUCGUAAAGUGGAAGGGAUGGAGCAAAAAAUAUAACACAUGGGAACCUGAAGAGAACAUUUUAGACGUCAGAUUAAUCGAAUUAUACGAAGAAAGUCAAAAAGGUGGAGAUGUAACUACAAGAAGACCUAGACGGAGGGAUACUAGAUAUAGUGAACAUGUUUUGGCCAACAUGGUUGUUGAAGAAGAACCAGGUGGAGACGAGAGAGUCGGAGAAGAUAGUCAAGACGAAUCAACUACUGGUAGCACUUCUGCUCCUCGUCUAAAUCCCGUUGCACCUGAUGAAGACACGCUUCCGAGUUCCCUCGAUGGGCACGAAUCGCCCACAGCUCCAGAAUUAUCGGCAUCCGCUUUCAGCGUCGAUUCAGAUAGUUCCAAUAGCAGUGUAGAUAGUCCUCUAUUGCCCAGGAGAGAACCGAGUGGUACAAAAAGAAAAGCUGAAGUUCUUAGCAAAGAAUCGGGAAAAAUUGGUGUUACUAUUACUACAAGUCCAAGUGGAAGUCCUCCACCAAAUAAGAUUCCUCGACUAUUGCCACUAAAGAGUAAUCCAACAUCUCCCUCUUAUCACAGUCACAAGGUUAACGGCAGAAGGCCAUCAUCAUCGAGUGUGAAGUCGACACCAGAAGAACCGCUGCCAGCAAUGCCAACAACGCCAGCUCCUGCAGUACAAGAGAAAAAGCGUGCCGAAGCCGAUGUGCCUCAUGGUCCUCCACCCUCGUUGCCACGUGCGCCACCCGCACCUUUGUCUCCUCAAAUAGAUACUCCUCUGGAACAGCCUACCAAAAAGAGGCACUUGUCUGAGCAAAAACAAGAGAAGUCGAACGGAGCUGUGGCGGUAGAUACGAAUGGUCACAAGUCACCCAGUCCUACGGAUUCAUACACGAAUAACAACAGGUUAUCAACUGUUGUUAAUGGGCAUCAUAGUCAUAACAAUAAUAAUAACCACACUAACAAUAACAACAACAAUAAUAACAAUACAUCGAGCGUGAAACAAACGGAAAUUACGAAAACAGACAUGUAUAUUCCUCUUUCGAGUCCUGGUACGGAUUAUUGGCAUGCAAGGAAUCCAGUUGCCGAUCAAGUGUUCAUUACAGACGUGACGGUGAAUUUGAAGACCGUUACCAUCAGGGAGUGUAAGACUGAAAAAGGAUUCUUCCGAGAGAGAGAUCCGAAGAGCGAUAUCUAUUAACAAGUUCGGAAUAAGGACGCUUUAUUGUGAAUUUCUAAUACUGAACCACGCUUGUAAAUAUAAAUUAUUUUCACACGUUAAAGUGUAGAGCCGAAGAUGGUUAUAUAUAUAUAUAUAUAUAUAUGUAUAUAUGUUUUCUCUUAUGUAUAUAUAUAUAUAUAUAUAUGUAAUCAUAUAUUAUGUGACGAUAUUGAGCUAUACAUAUAUAAGAACGUUUUUCUAAAAAAAAAGUAAAACGGAUUUUUUUGUGGUUACAAAGAAGAUCAAAGUUAUGCGUAAAUUAUGAAAAAAUUUAUUAACUCGAAGUUUCUGGUAUAUUAUGUAUUCUGAACGAAGUUCCAAGAACUUUCAGAAGCAAAAAAUAUGAGAAUCUAAAAUUAUGGAUAUGAUAUCUUAUGAAUUUUAUUGCAAACAACAAAAUUGAAUAGUCAGAUUUCCAGUAUGUUGAGUGAAAAAUUAUUGUGUGAUUAUCAAUGGAUAAAAGAUAGUAAGACUAUCAUCAUGCGACAACCUUAUGCAAAAGAACAACGGUACGUCAUGAGUCGCUGUCACGUCGUGAUAUAUACUUGUACAUUUUUUAAAACGCUUGAUAGUCCAUAAAUCUCUGCAUUAAAACAGAGAAAAAUGCAAAAAGAUCUGAACGAGACAUUUUAAAAGAUAAAUACAUUUUCUCAUUGAUUGCAUUUUCGCUUGUAUUAGAACUCUGCAGAAAUAAUAGUAUACCUUGUAAAUUAGUUGAUUUCAAAUUUUUAAAUACUAUGAUAAAAAUAGUACAGAUCUGGAAAGAAAUAUUUUUCUAAUUCGUUUUUAGAAUAAUCAAAGCAGCUUCGUAGAAGCGAUUUAA